CCAACUUAAAGUUCAUGGUGUAUAAUUUAGAUAACUAGGACACAUAGGGUUCACUCAUAAAUGAUAAUUAGAGUAUAAUAUCACAACUCAAACUCAAAAUCCAAUUAAUGCACUCUAGAUUUACCGAGUUACGAUAGAAACCAUCAUACGUGCGUGUUGUAAAUAAUAUUCUCAGCCAUCAAAACAAAGAAAGAAAAUAUAAAAACUCGAACCCAUGCAUGCAUGCACGUCGAACGUCAAUGGGGAUUAAUUUGCAGAUUGAAGUAGGAGCUGUUUUGCGAGUGAAGUAAAAUUGACCGUCCAACUAAUGCCGAUUCAGAGACAACACUUAUCUCACAUGCUGCAUGCUGGUCAAGUCGAUUCCUUGCUAUUUUACGUUAAUAGCUAGCUUUCGAAUUUGAACACGAGCUAGUUAGCUUUGGGUUACAGUAUCUGAUCUGUAAUCGUGAUGUUGAUGAUUUGCCUUAAUCAAAUACGUCCUGUCAUGCAUGUGGCCAGUGCCAAAUGAGAGACAGGCGACCGAUGAAAUGUUGAAGUUCAUUAUGCGCAUGCAUGAGGUGUUAUGACGGAAACGGGAAAUCGAAAAUAUAAGAAAGUGAAAAAAAAAAAAACAUAACGGAUUUACGUGAUGAAUUAAUAUGAUAUAUGUUGGCUAAUUCAUAGGCAGUCAGAUAGGAGAGAGUAGUUUUACGUACCAUACUUUAGAAGAUACAUACUACAAGAUGAGAAGAUAUAAUCGGACCUGGAAAGUGGGGAAAACGGAACAAGAGAUGUGUAUAAGCUCAUAGAGCCAGACCUCCGUAACUUUCAAUCGACAGCUGAUAAUCUCCGACGCCAAGUCAUAACAAACGUCUCACGGAACAACCACCCAAAUUAUACACUAUACUGAGAUUAAAAUUUAGAACUAAUUAACUAGCGGUUUUUAGGUUCAAAGUCUCACGUAACAACCACCCAAAUUAAUUACCGUUGAUCUUUUUCAAACCAGCCAGCCAGGAUGAAAUUAGCUUGGAAACGGUGUUACGCGGCUUCCUCGUUCCCAAUUAACCAAACAGUGAGAACGUCGGUGAAACGUUGAGCAAGCAAGCAAGCAAUGAAUUAACUUGGGGCGGGUGACGAUCGAGCAGAAAUUUCAAAAAACGACGAUAUCGCCAUGUGCAUGCAGGGAGAGAGAGAGCGCGCGCAUUUCCCCAGAGCCAGGCGAUGGAUCCGGAUAACACGUCUCCGCCACCGCCAUUUCGUCAAACUUACUCUUCCUCUGUCCGCUCUCUCUCUCUCUCUCUCUCUAUCUAUCUAUUUAACCCACCACCGCAAUCGAAAUUAAUUCAGAAUCCGCCGUCCGCAAUUUGCAAUCAAACACACGCACACCGAUCGCCGGCCGGAGACAUUCUUUUUUUUCUUCCUUCCCUGGUGGUGAGGAAAUGAGGACGAUGUUGUUUCCCGCGGCGUUGGCUGCCGCGGUGGUGAUACUGAUGUUGGCGGUGGAGGACGGCGGAGGAGUGGAGGCGGCGAUCGGGCUGCAGCAGCCUUUGAAGCUCAAGUAUCAGUACUACAGGCGGCACACGACUUGCAAGUACGCGGAGGCGUUCGUGAGGCACCAGGUGACUCUGUACUGGAACAGAGACAAGACCAUCACCGCCAAGCUCCUCCGCCUGCUCUACUCCGACUGCUUCGUCACCGGGUGCGACGCGUCGAUACUGCUGGACGGGCCGGAGUCGGAGAAGACGGCGCCACAGAACGCGAGGCUGGGCGGGUUCGACCUCAUCGACAGGAUCAAGAAGGUUAUGGAGAUUCGAUGCCCGGGGGUCGUCUCCUGCGCCGAUAUCCUUAACCUCGCCACCAGAGAUGCUGUUCACUUGGCAGGGGGGCCGUCAUAUCCGCUGUUCACGGGGAGAAGGGAUGGAAUGACGUCGAAGGCAUCGACGGUGGAUCUCCCGUCGGCUUCCAUCUCGAGCAAAGCUGCGUUGGCUUACUUCGAAUCCAAGACCUUGGAUGUUCUCGACAUGGCCACCCUAUUAGGUGCACACGCGAUCGGAACGACAGACUGCAGCAACGUGGUCGACCGACUCUACAACUUCAACAACACGGGAAAGCCGGACCCAACCAUGAGCCAGCAUUUCGCCGACCAACUGAGGAAGACCUGCCCACGUCCAACCAACAUGAAGGGAACACAAUCUAAGAACCCUUGGGUCUAUCUGAACCCGGAUUCAGGGCCUAGCUACCAGCUAGGGAACUCAUACUACAAGAGGGCACUGGCUCACCAGUCAGUCCUUGGAGUCGACCAGCAGCUCCUCUACAACAACGAUACUCGAGAGCUCACCGACGAGUACGCUGAUGAGUACCCGUGGAAGAAUGGCUUUGAAGGAUGGCGGAGGUCCCUCGCCCUCUCGAUGAACAGGAUGGGGAACAUCGACGUGUUGACCGACAAUUCGACAGGGGAGAUACGAAGGAACUGUCGGUACACGAACUGAAGAGGCUAAAAAUUUCAUAAUGAUGGAUGGAUAAACAUUGUAGUAUUGCUAUGUAUAUGUGUGUGUUUCGAAUUCUUCUGUCAACUGCUCGGGAAUGUAGGCGGAAUGAUAUCACAGUUUAUGAAUAAGACGACAAGAAAAAGUAUCUUGUAUUCAUUAAUGGAAGAAGAAAAACGGAUUUGAGUAUGUUGGAGAAAAGAUAUCCGUAUCGAUUAGUUACUCUUUUUAAAUUAGUUGAUCACUCUUUUAUAGUUAACCAUUAUUUUAGAGUAACACAUAUUUCUUGCAUUAUAAGAUUCAUUUUAUUAUUAUUUUCUUAUCGAUUGCUCUUGUACUUUCAACCAAUCUACCAUGGCGUUGGAGAUCACAUCUCACCACUCUUAUAAAUUAAUUAUGAGGAAAUGUAACAAUUUUUUAAGAAAAUUUAGAAAAUAAUAUGUGGGAGCCAAAAAUCAAAAUAGUAAAUACAAAUAUUGAAA